AUGAUGGAAAUAAUUUCGGAUUACUUUGCCUCUCUUUUUCAAUCGACUAAUCCCUCAGAGGAUAGUAUCAGGGCUAUUACUGACGGAGUGCCUCCUAAAGUUACUGACAGUAUGAAUCAAUAUCUGUGUAGCCCAUUCUCUGCAGAAGAAGUCAAGAAGGCAACUUUUGAUCUGGGUCCGGAGCAAGCCCCAGGCAUGGAUGGUUUUCCGGGUCUAUUCUAUCAACGCUUCUGGAAUAUUGUUGGCCAGGAUGUGUGUAAUGAAGUGUUGAAGGUUCUUAAUGAUGAUGCAGAUAUAAAAGCUUGGAACGGAACUAUUAUUACAUUAGUCCCUAAAACGGCUCACCCAGUCUCCAUUUCAGAAUAUCGUCCGAUAAGUCUUUGUAAUUUUCUUUAUAAAAUUGUUGCUAGAACUUUGACUAAUCGGUUCCGAGAAAUUUUGCCGUCUGUUAUUAAUGAUUUUCAAAGUGCUUUCAUCCCAGGGAGACGACACAGUUUGAUUUUCUUUAGAGCUGAGACACAGGACGCUGACACUAUUCAAAAUUUUUUGCACCUGUAUGAACAAGCGUCUGGUCAGGUCAUUAACUUUGCGAAAUCAUCUCUUUCCUUCAGCCCGAAUACUUCCCCGGAAUUGGUAGCUGCAGUAAAAAACAUCUUAAAAAUUCCGAUUGCUCAACGUCACGAGAUUUACCUGGGCCUUCCUACCUUUUCAGUCAGAAGUAAGCGAACCCAGUUUGGCUAUCUCAAAGAGAGAGUUGCUCAUCGAAUUCAAAGUUGGAGCCAUAAAUAUUUUUCCGAGGGUGGUCGAACAGUGCUGUUACAAUCAGUUCUUCAGUCAAUCCCAACGUAUGCCAUGUUGUGCUUUCGAAUUCCUAAUUCUUUGUGUGAAGAAAUUGAGCGAGAUUGUGCUAACUUUUGGUGGGGGACUGACAGAGGGUCAAAGAAAAUGCAUUGGUGCCGUUGGGAAACUCUUUGUAAACCUAAAUGCCUAGGAGGUAUGGGAUUUCGACAUCUCUCUGCUUUCAAUAAAGCUUUGCUAGCGAAGCAGGGAUGGCGUAUAUUAAAAAGUCCUGAUUCUCUUUUGGCAAAGGUCCUAAAAGCUCGGUAUUUCAGACACUCAGACGUAAUGUCAGCUCCUUUGGGUAACAAUCCGUCUUUUUGCUGGAGAUCAUUGACAUGGAGCAGAGAUAUAAUUACAAAAGGAUCAGCGUGGAAGAUUGGUGACGGCCGGAGUGUAGAUAUCUUCCAGGAUAUUUGGCUUCCAGAGAAUCUCAUUGUUAAUGUCUUCCCACCUUUUAUUGCUGAAGAAAUCUUGAAAAUCAAUAUCCCGAAUUCCCCUGAUAAGGACGAUCUGUAUUGGUGCUCUGACGGAAAAGGGAAUUACUCAAUUAAAGAGGGCUACAAAGUUGAAAUGGGGUUUUUUGAUCCUCCUGCAAAUCAAUCUGAUAAUCGGAUCCGAAAAUGGUGGAAAUUCCUGUGGGCCUUAAACAUUCCGUUAAAGCUAAAGUGCGUAGCUGGAGCUGACAACUUGAAACGAAACUUCCAAAUAUCCAUUGGCGGUUCGGGGGUCACUCAAGGUAAUGAAGAUCGUCCAACUCCCCACAUUUGGAGCCCACCUCCCAAACACUCAAUUCGCAUCGAUGUUGACGCAAGUGUUAAUAUGAAGGACGAUAGAUUUGGGAUCGGUGGUAUUUCUCGGGACGAUCAAGGUAAUGCUCUAUUUGCUUUUGGUAUGCCAGUCAUGAAUCCGGGUUCUGUUAUUCAUUGUGAGCUAUUGGCGAUUAAAGAAGGAUUGGAAAAAUGUGGAGUGUUGCACCAAGCCCCUAUCUUUAUUUUCACAGACUCUCUGUUGGCGGUACAAGCAGUUACUGACUACAAAGAGACUCAUGGCUAUAUUCGCUCUUGGGCAAAAGAGAUAGAUGGUCUAAUGUCUAAAGCGGCAGUAUCUAGUCGAUUACAACAUAUGCGUCGAUCGGCCAACAAUGUUGCUCAUGCUAUUGCUAAAUUUGCCUCUUUCUCGAACUCCCCUUUCUUAUGGAAGCCAGCGUCUUCGUCUACAGUCCGAACCUUUAUCGACCAGAACCCGACCCGGUCAACUUCAUCCGGGUUGCCGGUGGUGGAAAAUCUGUGUAAAUUGCUGGUGAUGGGCAAGGACAGGCUCAUCGGCGCAGAUAAAGUGGCCGAGAUUUCGUCUCGCCUGGGUUAG